AUGCUGCGCAUAGGGGCCAUCCUGCUUGGUGCGGUUUAUUCCGUCACCGCAAUGCCGGUCGAGUUGGACACGAGAGCUGUAUCGGCAGAUGUUCUGAGUCAGCUUCAGUUCUUCUCUCAGUACUCAGCCGCAGCGUACUGCCUCGACAACAACAACAGUCCAAACACGAAGGUCGUUUGUCCACAGGGCAACUGCCCGCUUGUGCAGGCCGCAAACACCAACACUCUGACUGAGUUUGAGAAUAGCCUUUUGACCGAUGUUACUGGGUUUGUCGCAACCGACACGACCAACAAGCUUAUCGUCGUGUCUUUCCGUGGAUCAAGGAGUAUCCGCAAUUGGAUCACCAAUGUCCAGUUUCCUGUCACACCAACAACCAUCUGCAGCACAUGCUCGGGAUCCCUGGGCUUCUGGAACAGCUGGGGAGAGGCGCGACAAAAAGUCUUGGCUGCGGUUGCCUUGGGCAAAAGCCAGUUCCCCGACUUCCGAGUCGUGGCAACGGGCCAUUCGCUCGGUGGCGCGCUUGCAGGGCUGGCUGCUGGUGAGCUGCGUGCACGAGGCACGCCAGUCGACCUCUACACAUACGGUGCGCCCAAGAUUGGUCUAGAAGGCCUCGCCACCUAUCUGACGCAGACGAACAAUGGGUCGACAUACCGUGUCACGCACAAGGCUGAUCCCGUGCCCAAGCUGCCUCCUACAACGCUUGGCUACCGACACUACUCGCCCGAGUACUACAUCACCAACGGAAAUGGUGUGCAGCCGGGAACUGGGGACAUCCAGGUUUUGAAUGGAAUAUUAAACCUGAACGGAAACGAGGGAGAUCUUGGCUUUGACAUUCCGGCGCAUCUGUGGUACUUUGGAAACAUUAGUUCUUGCGAGGGAGCGCCGGGAAUUGAGUUCAAGGAGUAG